AUGCACGGCGGCGACGCGACGCCUGGACAUUUGACGCACGCAGAGCGCGGUCGCGGCGAGCACGCGAACCGGGCAGUGUGUCUUCACGUUGUCUCGGUCGCCAAGGGCAGCCGGGCGCCGCACAGCGCUGCGCUGCCCGGGGGCGCUGCCCCGCCCGUCGCCAAAAGCAUGGAGAACAGGGGCGCCGGGCAUUCUUGCCAAUCUCCACACUGCGCCGCGCCUGCGCAUUUCCAAACGGCAGCUCCCCCACCCCUGCGCGCGCCCCUCUGGAACCCGAUUUCUGGCAUGACUGCCUUUCAAUUAGUGAACCCGUCCGCCCCCCCCGCUCAGCGCGUCAGUCCGAAAAUCCGUGUCACACACGCACACACACACACACACACACACUUUGACGCAGGGAAAACCAAAGGCGCACGGCCCACUAGCGCGCAACGCAUUUUCUCAGAUCAGCCGCCGCGCCUUGCCUGUGCCGGCCAAAGGUAUUAA